AUUAUCUAAUCAAAUACUGAUCAGUUCUCCACUUGAAACUGGUAUAAAAGCCCAACCCGAGCUGUAAUCGUCACUUUUCAGCAGCAACAUGUUCAAAGUAGUACUGGUUGCCGUGUUCGCCGUUCUUGCCGUUGAGGCAAGUCCGAGAUUCCGUCUCCAAGUUCCCCAGCUCGAUGGAAGAAUCGUGGGUGGUGUUGAUACGACCAUCGAAGAGUAUCCUCAUCAAAUUUCGCUCAUGUAUUACACCCGCCACAUCUGCGGUGGAUCGAUUAUUGCUCGCAACUUGAUUUUGACUGCUGCUCACUGCACUAACGGCAAAUCUGCCCAAGUCCUAAACAUUCGUUACGGAAGCAGCGUAAAGAAUGUAGGGGGCACAGUUGUCGCCGUUGUUCAGAUCAAAGACCAUCCCAGUUACAAUCCCGUCAACACCGACUACGAUGUUUCCGUUUUGAAAAUAGCGGAAGACGUGGUGGUUUCGUCGAGGGCCCAAAUCAUCAGCAUGGUCGCUUCCAAUGCCCAAGAAGGAGGUCGUAACGCUUUCGUAUCCGGCUGGGGCGCCCUUUCAUCCGGCGGAUCUUCGCCCAGCCAACUCCAAGUCGUUGAUGUCGCAGAAGAAAACAGAGCCGCGUGCAACAGGGCUUACGGUGGAAAAAUCACCGACAGAAUGAUCUGCUUCAAAAAUCCCGGCAAGGAUUCCUGCCAGGGAGAUUCUGGUGGUCCUCUCGUCUCUGGUGGCGCUCAAGUUGGCGUCGUCUCCUGGGGUUACGGAUGUGCCGAUGCCAGGUACCCUGGAGUCUACUCGCACUUAACUCAUGCUGGUAUUAGGGCUCACAUUGAACUUGCGAUGAAAAAUAAUUAAGAAAAUGAACUAAAUUUAAAAAAAUUAUAUUCCGGUA